GUAAGCUUUUAGUCAAUUCCUUCCCCAUCUUAAACCCUAUAACUCCGAUCUCCUCGAGCUUUGGCGCCACUUAAACCCUAGCUCAGUUGCAGAAGAUACUGAGAAGAAGAUAGAAGAUGGGCAGCGAUAGCGAAACAGAGAAAUCAGCCCAGAAAGAGAGGGAGAAGAAGAAGCUAUUAGCUCUUGCUCCUAUUGCAAAACCUCUAGCCGGUAAAAAGCUCAGCAAGCGCACUUUCAAACUCGUCCGUCGAGCUGCGGAGAACAAGUGCUUGAAGAGAGGUGUAAAGGAGGUAGUCAAAAGCAUUCGUCGAGGCCACAAAGGAUUCUGUGUGAUUGCGGGGAACAUAUCUCCCAUUGAUGUGAUCACCCAUGUUCCUAUCUUAUGCGAAGAAGCUGAGAUCCCGUAUGUUUAUGUUCAGUCAAAAGAAGAUCUUGCAAAUGCAGGAGCUACUAAAAGGCCAACUUGCUGUGUAUUGGUCUUGACCAAGCCCACCAAGGGAGAUAUGAAUCAAGAAGAUCAAGAGAAAUUGAAAGAAGAUUAUGAUCAGGUUGUGUCUGAAGUUCGUGAAUUAGCAUCUUCGAUGUAUUGAAUUUUAUGUUGUGAAAUUCAUCGUACUCAAAGCUGUACUCUACAAUAUUAGUCAGUGAUGGUUAAAAUGAUUAUCUUUUUUCUUUAGUGUAAGAGCCUUUAUCUAUUGACGCCCUACUGUUCAACACAUCUUUGGCACGUUUAUCUACACAUCAGAAUUCAAUACCUCCUCCCUCCCUCCUUAGUCCUUACCAAAUUCGAGUAGAUGUCAAUUAGUUUGCUGAAGGUUGGCUAAAUAUAAAGUAAAAUCUUCCGUGUUAA